AAAAAAAAAAAUCGAAGAGAAGAAGUGCGAUUGAUCAGCUCAGCCAUGUCUUCGUCGGCGCUCUCAAAUCUGAUGCUCGCAAUCCACGAGAAGAAAACAACCUCACUCGAUCUCUACCGCCCCCUCCGCAACUACAUAACCUUCACCUACUCCGAACGCGAAGCUCAGCUCCUAGAAGACGAUCUCGAAACCCUAAACCAACUCCGCUCCGAUCUCGAACGCGUCCCCGAUCCCUCUCCCUCCGCCAGAAGAGACCUCCUCAUCUCCUACUACAAAUCCCUCUGCCUCGUCGAGACUCGAUUCCCAAUCUCCGCCGAGAAGCACCACGUCAACGCCCUCUCUUUCCUCUGGCACGACGCCUUCAAGCAGAAGCAAAAGGCCACUCAGCAGAACAUUCAUCUGGAGAAAUCCGCUGUGCUCUUCAAUCUCGCCGCUAGUUACAGCCAGAUUGGGCUGGGGCAUGAUCGCACCACCGUGGAUGGGCGUCGCCAGGCUUCGCAUGCGUUUAUCGGUGCCGCGGGGGCGUUUGGGUAUCUGAGGGAUAAUGAGUCGAGUAAGGCGGCGGUUGGGCAGAGUAGUGUUACUGUGGAUGUGUCGGUGGAGUGCGUGGGGAUGUUGGAGAGGCUUAUGUUGGCUCAGGCGCAGGAGUGUGUUUUUGAGAAUAGUAUUGCUAAAGGAAGUACUCCUGGUGUUUCUGCUAAGAUUUCUAGGCAGGUUGGCAUAUACUACGAGGAAGCUUUGGCUGCGUUAACCGCUCCACCAUUGAAGGAUCAUUUCGAGAAAGGUUGGAUUUCUCAUGUGCAGCUGAAAGCAGCACUCUUCUAUAGUGAAGCUUGUUAUAGGUAUGGAAUGGAGUUGCACGAGAAAGAGGAAAUUGCAGAAGAGAUAGCUCGGCUGAGGAGCGGAAGUAGCCGUUUGGCAGAGGCCAAGAAGUCUUCGAGGGGAGCUCCUGCUCAGCUUAUAGAAGCAAUGAAUAAACUAGAGGCGAGCAUUAAUUGCAAUUUGGAUAGGGCUGUUAAGGAAAACGAUAGAGUGUACCUUAUGAGAGUUCCUUCUCCUGCUUCUUUGUCUCCACUUCCGACUUUUUCAAUGGUUAAGCCGAUGAACAUGACUGAUAUAUUGGAUGCAAGCAAGGAGAAGAUGUUUGCCAUCCUUGUUCCGGAUAGUAGUGCAAAAGCUCUCUCUAGAUACACUGAGAUGUUGGAUGAUGUAAUUAGGACCCAGGCGGAAAGAUUACAGCAAGCAAGCGAACUAACUCGUGUUAGGCUCAAGGAGAUGGACCUUCCUGAUUCCAUUCUUGCGGUGGAUGGUCAUUCAACUCUUCCUGUUGAUCUUAGAGAAGAUGUGGAAGCUGUUCAGAUCUGUGGUGGUCCAGCUAGCUUGGAAGCUGAGCUCCAGCAACUUAGAGAUCUGAAGAGGGUUAAUCAGGAAUUGUUGGUGCAAACCGAAGAGCUUUUGCAGAAAGAAGCAACGGAAGAUGGUCAGUUUAGAAGCCAAUUUGGGACUCGGUGGACUAGGCCUCAGUCUAGCACUCUGACAAAGAACUUGCAGGAUAGGUUGAAUCGGUUUGCAGCCAACUUGAAACAAGCUGGAGAAAGUGAUGUGAAGAUUGAGCGAUCUGUGAGAGAGAAUUCUGCCCUCAUGUCAAUUCUUGAUCGGAGGCCGAUAGAAUCUGCCGUCCCAACUCUAGCUAAACCAAUAAUGUCUCUGGACGCAACGGAGGAUGCCAUUGUGGGAACUCUGAAGCAGAGUCUGAGGCAACUGGAAAAUCUUGGUGCUCAGCGGGCAGGUCUUGAAGACAUGCUCAAAGAGAUGAAAAGAAAGGAUGACAUACUGCCGAAGCUGAUGACGAUUACAGGUUCCUAUGAAGAUAUGUUCAGGAAAGAGAUAUCAAAGUAUGAUCACAUCUGUGAAGAUAUUUCUCAAAACAUUGAAGUUCAAGAACAGUUGUUGAGGCAAAUUCAGGCUCAAAAUGAAGAGUUCUCAACUGUUUUUAAUCUUGAAGAUUAUAAAGCAUCCAGAGAGAAGUGCUAUAAGCAGAUUGAAGCGGCUAUAUCCAAGUAUCGAGAGAUCAAGGAAAAUGUCAAUGAGGGAUUGAAGUUCUAUGUCACUCUCCAAGAUGCAAUCACGAACGUGAAGCAGCAAUGCAGUGAUUUUGUGAUGACAAGGAGUAUCCAGUGCCGAGAAAUGAUGGAAGAUGUGCAACGACAGAUGUCUGGUCUGAGUUUUCAGGAUCAUAGAACCUCCGGUCCAUACCCAUCUGUACAUCAGCCGACGGCUACUAGUCCACCUCCUCCACAAGAAACUCAUAAUCCAUCACAUCCUCACCCACAAGCACCAUACUAUAGACCGCCCGAACAAAUGUCAAGACCUGGCUACUCUAUCCCACCCUAUGGUCCACCUCCUCCGUACCAUGCUCCUCAUGGCCAGCAACCUCAUGGACAGGCGCCACAACCAUACCCUCCUCAGGCUCCACAACAGCAACAGCCUUAUCAAUCAUGGCAACAAGGCUCGUACUAUGAUCCUCAGGGACAGCAGCCUCGGCCUCCUUAUACCGCCCAGAAUCCGUACCUACACCCGCCUCAGCCACAGCCUCCUCACCAAGGCGGUGGAUACUACAGGCAGUGAGUUCUACCGUGGAACCAAUAAGCUGUUGUGUUGUUCUUAUUUUUGUGCUUUUCUGCGAGUACUUGAUGAAUAUCUAUCUCUUUUACAUGUUUCUUGAGUGAAAUGGAAGUCUUGUUUAAUAAUGACUCAAAUUCUUUGAAUAUUCAAAGUAUAUACGAUGUGAUAACAGUUGUGUAAAGCAUAUUAUUAUUAAUUCAUAAACAAAGUAAACAUUAUUAUUGGUUGAAAUUUGAGAACAUGUAUCAGGUGUAACGAAGGCGAGUGAGAAGGGUAAAGAUCAUGAUGGAUCUGUGGGUUUGAGGAUGGAGGAUGAAAGAGGAACGGGCAAGUUUGAGGGAGUAGCGUUCAAACAGCUCGUCAAGGAUUUGAUGGCCAAAGUGGGUGCGAAUUAGACCUUCAAGCACCGCUCUGAGAUACAGGACCCUCGAGUCAAGGUCAGGCAUGGUCUCGUGUGCAUCCACACCAUCCAGUGUCCCUAUUUUCUCGAUUUUCAGCUCCCCAUUGCUUCUGAUGAUCUCUUCCAAUUCCUUUGGAGUUGUGUAAUAGAUGGGCAGGUUGAAACUGUCUACAUCCUCCUCCUUUAUUCUUCCCUGCAGUAAAGUAUUUUAGACUUAUAGGUCCUUGUGUUAUAAGAAAAAUCAACCAAGUACCUCUUUGGCCAUGUCCAUGAGGCAUGAGCCCACCAGAUCGAACUCAGAUCCCGUUGAAGCCUGAGAAUCGAGAAACCCAUCUGGUACACCGGGCACUAUCAAUGCCAUCAGCCCGUCUUCCGCGAGCUCACGUGAUCUUGCAACAAGGAAAGACUUGAGAUCCUUCUUGUACUGAUAGGAGUAGGCUUGUGCGACCUCUGCUGAUGCUCCCGUGUAAUGAAUCCUGCCUCGGUUGUAAGCAGGAGAGGUUGUAUCAGUUAUCUCUGGUGGCAAGUCGGAGAGCCAACAGAGAGCACAAGAGGAGUAAGCCAAGUUGAGAGAUGCCUUGGGAAACAAGUUUCCAUAAAAAGAGCCAGGGACACCUGUGAACAUUAUUAUGAGCAUUAAGUGUAGAGGUGCUACAUGUGACAGACAGUUGAAACUAAUGCAAAGAAGUGUACCAGUCAAGAAGUAGGGACGCUGACUCUGAGGAGGGAGCAAAGCAAACAGUGCAUUGAAAACAGUGUGGGAGAGGUCGUUAAAGAACACUUGAAACUCGGGGGUUUUAACAUUAGCCAUAGAGGAGCUGAACUUGUGGAGGAUCGCUUGAAUGAUGAUGUCUACAGCAAGAAGGGUGUUGGGGCCACAGGAGCAUCCAAAGUCCGCGACCUUGAAACAAGAGAAUGUAUUGUUAGUGAGGUCAAGCCGCUUGUGGAUCUCCUUCCUAAGUAGUGCUUCAGCAGCGUCAAUGGCUCCCCUCUAAACACAAUUAAACAUGUUUGUAUACUUAGAAUCAAGAGAAAAAAGAAGUGGAAGAGAGUUGAUGUAACCUGAUAGGAGGAGUUGCGAGCAUAGCUAGAAGGACCAUCUCCACCGUUCAUGGCUGUGUGAUGGUAUUGUAUGAGGUGUGAGAAACUACAUUGUCGUUGGAGAGUGAAUGUUUGUAAUUAUAAGGAAGAAAAAACUGUCGUCACAUGGAAUGAUUCAGUAUACAUGCAUUUCUCAUGGGAUGAUUAGUUUCAGUCUAAAUGCGGCGACUCCCAUGUGCUUAUACGUCCC